GGAGUUAUACAAGUCACACACCACACAAAAAACAAAUCAGCAAGAGAAGCAAAUUAGCAGAUCGAAGAGCAAAUGGCAGCCUCAGUUAUGGCCUCAGUGAGCUUGAAACCAGCUCCUUUCAGUUUUGAGAAGUCAGCAGUGAGAGGCCUUCCCUCUCUUGCUAGGACCUCUGCCUCAUUCAAGGUCCAAGCCAGUGGUGGCAAGAAGAUCAAGACUGAUACACCCUAUGGAACUGGUGGUGGCAUGAACUUGAGGGAAGGGACAGAUGCAUCAGGAAGGAAGCCUAAAGGAAAGGGUGUCUACCAGUUUGUAGACAAAUAUGGUGCUAAUGUUGAUGGAUACAGUCCCAUCUACAGCCCUGAGGAAUGGUCCCCAAGUGGUGAUAGAUACGCUGGUGGUGCCACUGGCUUGGCUAUCUGGGCUGUGACCCUUUUCGGCAUUCUUGUCGGGGGUGCUCUUCUUGUCUACAACACCAGUGCAUUGUCACAGUAGAAAAGUAAUUCUCUCUUGUGAUGUAUGUGAUGUAAAUUGUUGUAGCCUAUUCCAACUAGCUAUCCUAAACAAGAACAUUAAAGAACUACUCUGUGCAAAUGUGUACUUGUAAUGUUUUCGCCAGGAUUAAAUUUGAUGCCUGUAAUAUUUGCUGUUGAACUUCA